AUGAGCAAGCCGUUGAACGCGCUGGUGGUCUGCGGACCCUCUGGGGUAGGCAAGGGAACCCUGCUGGGUCGCCUCCUCCGCGAGUACCCCAACCGCUUUGCCUACUCGGUGUCACACACAACACGCCAACCGCGCCAGGGAGAGGUGAAUGGCCGUGAGUACCACUUCACCGACCGCGAGAGCAUCCUCAAGAUGCGCGACAAUAACGAGUUCCUCGAGCUGUGCGACGUGCACGGCAACUUCUACGGCACGAGCGUUGCCGCCGUGCACGCUGUGCAGAAGGAGGGGAAGGUGUGCAUCAUCGAGAUUGAUGUGAAGGGGGCGCAGAAACUGUUCAACCGUACCGACAAUGCGCUGAACGCCGUGUACUUCUUCAUCACGGCCCCCAGAGAGGAGCUGCGCAAGCGUAUCAUGAAGCGUGGCGCUGAUGACGAGACGAUGCUGCAGCGACGUCUGGAGACGGCCGAGUCAGAGUACAAGUUCGUCGAUGAGAAUCCCGACUUCUUCUCUGUGCUGCUGGUGAAUGAUGAGCUAGAGGCAGCGUACGCCGGCCUCUUGGCCGCCAUCGACGACCAGCUGGUGAAGCACAACAUGGAGAAGCUGGCUGCCUAG